AUGCUUACUGAUACUUUUUGUUUCCAUGCUAUACAAGUUAUUAAUGGGAAGUUAGAGACUGCGUUAGAACAGAUUUCGUUGCACCCUGAGAUUUCUGAGAUAGAUGCCCUUUCCAGUGUAGAUCUACAACAGCUUCAAGAUCAAUUGGCUCGUAUCAAGAAAAUUGCCGAGUCUGUAUCAUCUCAGAUCAGCAAGAAGACUGGUAAGAAGGUUAAAGUCGAUUUUAAUGCUGUAAAGGAGGUCAUUCUGAAUAUCGAAAGUUUGCCUAAGACUUCGAAUCCAUUGCAAGAGUUAAUAUAUAAUGCUAUCUCUGAAUAUGCAAUUGUACUAUGUUACCAUGGUUUGACCAUUGAAACGGUAAGCUCUUUGAUAAUAGCCAAUGAUGUCGGUGCUUAUUAUAAGUCAGUGGCAGACUCAAGUAUGUAUACUUUAUUAUACGGUAUCCAAGUUACUCCUAAGUUGGUAAUCUCCCUUAUUAAUGAUUUAGUAACUAAGAUAAAAACCAAAUUACAUCGUUUAGAGAGUAACCAUCAAUUUACAAUUGCCAGUGCAAGAGGAUUCACAAAUGAUAUAAUUGAAGAAAUUCGACCAAAGAUAAAUAAUAUCAUGAUGGUACAGUCCCUGAAUAUUGUUGGAUUGCCUAAUAAAACUUCCCAAAGAAUUAAAGUAAUGAUCAAUUUCCCAAGAUUAUUAAUAAGAUCCUCACUACAUAAAAAAAUAGAAAACAUUGACAGUAUCUCUAGAAAUUAUACUAUUAAAUUAGGUAAUAUUAUUAAUGAAUUCCAAACUAAUAAAAAUGAAAUAGUUAUUGAUGAAAACAUAAAAAUAUUACAAAACUUCUUAGAGGUUCCAAACACUGGUUUAUAUGAAAUCAUUGACCAUGUCAGUGGAUUUUGUAAAAACAAUGAAUUAAGGAAACUGAAAAAGCCUUCAAGGUUAACCAGAUAUUGGCCAGGAACAUUGUUUAGUCUAGUUUAUGGCUCCUCAUCGAUAAUUAUGAUCUGGAAUUCACGUUAUAAAAUCAUUGAAUUUCUUCAAAAGAAUGUCGUUGAAUUCAUGUCUGGCUUAAUUCAUGAUUGGAUAUGGCAACCAUUAAAGCAAGUCUGGGCGACAGUUAGACAUGAUGAAGAUACAUAUAUUGCAAUGAUGUCUAAAGAUAUGUUGCCUUCUGAGUUAAAUUCAUUAACAAGAAUGGUUGUUAGUUUUGUUGCAGACAAUUCGAAAGUUGAAAUUAAUGUACCUGAACUAACUAACCAAAUUGAAGAAGGUAAUCUAACUCAAUUUAUGGAAAUUUAUGAGAAUCAAUUAGAACAUCCCGUUAAAAACCUUGUAAAAGGGAAAUUGAUUAGAUCAUUGCUAAUUCAAGUUCAAAAAACAAAAGUCGAUGGUUCCUUAGCUUUGAAUGGUAUUGACAAAAUGCUUAAAUCACAACAAUUGGUAUUUGAAGUAUUAGCCAUAUCUCCAGCAUUGCUAAUAAUGUAUUCAUUGGUUCAUUUCGCAUACAAACUAGUAACUUUAGGAAGCAUUUGGACUAAUUAUCAAAAGAUUAAGAUGAAGUUGACUACGAGUAUUAAUACUGUUGAAAGAAUAUUAAAUUAUGAAGAUAUUGAAGAUAACUUGGAUGAUAAAUUUUAUCAUCAGGGCUUGUUAACAAUCGAAGUAUCUAAUAUGUUCAAAAUUGGUUCAAGAAUUAUACCAAAAUGGAGAAAAGAUGAAUGGAGAAUUGACGUUGAAGAAUUGAUAAAUUACAAUUUGAGUUGCAACUCCAGGUUAAAUGUAAUCAAUAGAAUAUACCAUGUAUACGGAAAUUAUUUUUGA